AUGACACAAUAUCUUUGUUUUUAUUUUUAUAUUUUUUUCUGCUUCUUGUGCUGUAAGUUUAUACUUGUUUUAUCUUUGCGAUUUUUUUUUUUUAGUUUCUUUACGUCAUUAUCAGAGGAAAUUAUGGCUGAAACGCCUUAUGAGUCCCCAAGUGAUGUCUCCGAAAUGGACCCGGAGUCGGCUGUUUUGGUGCCAAUUCAACAGCGUAUAGAGGCACAAUUACGGAAGCAUCUUCAAGAGGUAUCACAGCAGCUUUACGAUGUCAAAAAUGAACUUGUUACUGUUCAAAAGGAAAGGGAGAAAUAUGGUGUUGAACUUUAUAAUGCUCAACAACAUCUAGCUAAGUUACAGGAAACAUUGGAGAAACAGCAUGAAAAGCAUGUGUCGGUCCAAAGGCAGUACGAGGAAAAGUUACAAGAACGAGAGGAAAUUUCCACACAAGCUGAUAGCCUUCGAAAAGAAAUUGAAGAUUACCAGCGACAACACGAGCGGCAACAAGCGGAUCUUGCAAAACUAACCGAAACAAUUGUCAAGGUUCAACAAUUCAAUGACCAGCUUAAAAAAGAGGUUCAGGUGGAACGUCGUGCUGCCUACAAGACUGAAGAAGAUAUUACAAAUUUGGAAAGGGAAAAGUUGAAGCAAGAUAAUAUGAUUGAUGUCCUUGAAAAAAGAGUAAUACUUGUUGAGGAGGAAGUGACCACAGUGAAUACACAGAUUGAGAGUCAACAAAAAGAAACCAAGCGAGCGAGAGAAAUCUUGGCGGAGGCAUUAGCAGAAAUGGAGGCCAUCAAUUUUGAGAAAAAACAAUUGGUUCAACAAUGGAAAAGUACCCUUAUUGGAAUGCAGCGUCGUCAUGAAGCCAUGAAAAAGACCGAAGAAGCCCUUCAGCAACAGAAAGACGACUUACAAGCUCUAGAGAAUGAGAUAACGGGUUGCCGAAAAGAUAUACAAGGUGUUCAAACGGAAACGUCAAAAUUAAUGGAGUUUAUGUCACGUGUUGAUAAUGAAGUGACCGUUUUGGAGAAGCAAAUUGAUGCUCUUGUUGAGAGAAAAGAAAAAAGCGCUCAAUCAUAUGCAAUGCUUAAAAAUAAUUUGGAGCAAACCGAUGCCGAAACAAAGAAACUGGAAUAUGAAGCUCGUACUCACGCUUCUGAAGUCACAAAUAUCGACAGGAAAAUACAAAAAUGUGCAAGGGAUGUUCG